GAUACAUUCUCUCUCGCAAAAUCGAACGGAGCGGACGUGUCGCGCGUGCCGCGUAGGUAGACAGCCCAUAGAUACAAUUUCCCCUGGCUCGAAGGUGGUGUGUAUUGCAGCAGAAGCAGAAGUAGAAGUCUCUCUGCAUGCGAGAGCGUCUCUGUGAAAAUUCAAUAAAACAAAGAGCCAAGUGAAAAUCGGUUCCAAAUGCCAAUUGUCUAGCGAUUCGAGAGAAAAAUCAAAGGGAUAUAACUGCCAUAAGAAAAACUGUGUUGGUGUACAGCUUAAUACCCGCUAUGUGUGUGCUUCGUGUGUGUGAUUUGCCUGAUACGCUUUAAUUAAUAUCAAUAAGAAGUGCAAAAAAAUACAACUUUGUCUGCUGGAAAAGUAUCUAAACCCCAAUUAUUCGCCGAAGAGCAUUCGUUUUAAUUCGAUUGACACAGAGAGUGAGAGGGAGAGAGGGGGAGACUUAAAAAGAGAGUGGCAGAGGGAUCCCCAACACCAGUACGGACGCAAAAUAACUGUGCAAAUGGUGGUGGAGCAGCCAGCAGCAACAACAAAAACCAUGCAAAUGUAGCGCCGCUCUCCUCUCUUUGUCGCCUUGCUUUUGCGCAGAGAACUCCGGCGAAUUGGCCGAAUUCGCCGCAGCUGUGUGUUUGGAAACACCUUGCUCCAAUAUUUUAACACCCCCCGUCUGAGAUACCCGAUUUUGCACGACCAUCGCAGUUUCAGUCUCAGUUUCGGUUCGCUUCGUGCGCUUUCUGCUGCCCUGCAGCGGAAAAUUCAACGAAAAUCAGCCAGUCACUUGCAGAAACUCCCAAAAAAAAAGGAGAAAAGAAACAUACCGAAAUCGGGAUAAAGGUUCUUGCAUUUUCCAAUGCUGGUUGACUGCGUUUUACAUGCGAUUUCCUCCGUUGCUGCGUUUUCACCUAAGACAACAAGAAGAACGGGUAAAACCAGGAAAACGGCAAGAAGAAGAGCUUCAGCACAAGAAAAAGAAGAAGCAGCAGCUCCAACAUUGUCGCCGCGACAUCGUCGUCGACGUCAGCGUCGCUGCAGCGCAGCAGCUUCAUCAGCUAGCCAUGAACUACAACUGCAACUACAACAACAACAACUACAUCUGCAGCAGCCCCAACAACAACAACAAAGACAGAGAACAGGACACACAGCAUCAGCAGCCACAUCAGCAACCAAUGCAGGCGACUCUGAGGACGGCGAGCUCCAGCUCCAGCACCAGCUCCAGCUCCACCAGCUCCACGUCCACAUCCAAGACGAGAGCAGGAACAACGUCGUUAAUCUAUUUACCGCCUUUCUGCUAUCCAUGUAAGCAUGUGCCUGCGGUCGGCACCAGGAGGCGGAGUCGAAGCCAGACUUUGAGCCCUGGCAGCGGCAGCUGCUGUUGUCCGCCCGACUGGGAACAUAAAAAUUAUGAUAAACAUGCUUCAGCGGCCACGUUGACACCAGCAACAGCAACAUCAGAAGCAGCAGCAGCAGCAGCAGCAGCAGCAACCACAACAGGACCUGCAGCGGCAACAAUGUCCUCCUCGUGGGCUGGUAAAUUCCUGCUGCCGGGUAUUCAGUUACCCGUGGCCGCAGCGGGGCAUAGUUGCCCCGAUCUCCGUCAGACGUCGCAAUUAGUUAUGCCCACUGUUGCUGGCGGGGAUGUACAGGUGAACGUGGAAGGCGGCGUCUUGGAAUGCGGCAAGCGAUGCUGGCGACGUGAGCGAAUCCGGCGCGAAGGACCAAGUCAUGCGUCUGCGGCGUCGCUGGCCCAGGUAAAUCCAAUCAGCACUAGCCCAGCAACAAUGAAAGGAGCAUCAGGAGAGGGAGUGGCAGCAACGACAACCGCGCACAAUUCGCAAACAACGACAAAAACAACGGCAAGGGGCACAACUGGUGCAGCGUUGCCGCAUGAUGAGGAGUAUGAUGAAUGUAGGUGCUUUAACUAUAACGGUGAUAUUAGUCUGGAUCGGCGGGGCGAGGCCGCGGAACUUUCCGGCAUUACGUGGCUGAUGUUCUUGUGGCAGCAGCUGCUGCCGGGCAACGGAAACAAUACCAAUACCCAUACCCACACCCACUCGCACUCGCACUCCCACGAAUCCAGCUUCCCAGCGGGGACAACAACGAAAACAGCAAGGAGCAGGAGCUGCGCCAUGACGUCGACACAAAGUUGGCUGGGUCCGCUGCUUAUGCUUCUUUUGGCCACGUCCGUCAGCGGCUGGGGCGGUCGGCAAGAUGCGCCCGCAAAUUGCACGUUUCCGGCACGAUGGGAGGGCUCCUGGUUCCUGUCCGGCUAUCAGCAAUCCAUACACAUCAAGGGCUCCCAGUUCAGCUAUCGCGGCAGGUGUGCGGCCUCCGAUGGUAACAAAUAUCUGAUUGUCGACGAGAAAGGAUGUCAUCGUUGCCUGGUUAUCUAUGAGAAGCAUAAAAAUGUGCUCCAAUAUAAAGAAAGUGAGUGCGAAGGUGAUAGUAUGUAUAUGCAUCAGUCGAACCCAUCUGCACUGGCGAUGCGUAGCUCUAAUAAACAAAGUGAUCAUAGGGGGGGAGCUCAUCCCAAUACGAACGGGCAUUCAAGACUAUCUUCAUCGGAUCAGUACAUAAUGAGAUCCAAUGACGAUAUGAAUGAUUGUCCCCCAGACUUUUGCAAGGGCCGUGAGACUUUACAGAAUCUCUGCGACCAGAUACCGGGCGAUGCCCUGCUCUACUCGCUUUUCCGGGAAAGCGCCGAGCCGGUCAAGUGUCCGCUCAAGGGACCCUUCAUCUUCACGUACAAUCGGGGCCACGGGGAGUGCAAGUCGCCGGUGUCCAACAUUGAGAGCUGCACGGAGGAGAGUCGCCUCCUGUUGAGCUUCCAGGCCUGUCCCGAUGUCCAGGGCACCGAGAGUACGGUCGAGGAGCUGACGUGCCUGGCAACCUGGAAGGAUGGCAAUUCACGCUACUUGGUCGGCCUGGUCUCGCACCAUCACGCCAUUUCGAACGAGGAGCGCUAUCGCUGCUUUGUCUACGAGAAAAUCUCCUCGCUGAUGGGCGGCCCCAGCAUGCCCAGCUCGAAGGAUGCCGAAUAUAAGCUGGCCCAAUCCGGCGACGCCACUUGCAAUGGCUUAGACAGUGCCGAGGUCGGUUCGCGCAUCAUGUCGCUGCGAAAACCGCCCAUCGCCGAGCGCUGCGACUUCCCGGCCUGGUUCAAGGGUCCGCGCCACUGGCACGCCCUUAUGGGCAAUGCCGUCUACAAUUAUCAUUCCAACGACGGGUCCGUGCACAUUAUUAAGCCCAACGGCUAUAUGGAGACACGUGCGCUCUGCGAGCAAAUAAAUAAACAGACCCCGACCGAAAUGAUGGCCGUGGUGCACUACACCACCGGGUGCCAAUCGGGAUUCAUGUGCAUGAUGUUCUACCGCCGGGACACGUUCGUCAUUGAGAUACAGACGGGCAAGCCGGCCAUUCGCCUGGAGGACGCCUGUGCACCGGAUCACUUUGACAUCAAUAAGAUGGCCUACAUUACCUUGCUGGCCAGCAACCCGGACCUGGCCAUUUGUCCCAUGGAGGGAAUCUACACGCUACGAGGCGCCAUCGGACCGCCGUAUCUGGCCACGCGCCACAAACGCAAUCACAACGGCAAGUCGCAUCUGGGCCAUGGACAUCAUCACCACGAGGGCGCUGACUCGGGAAAUUUUGGGCAUAAGGGACACAGUUCGCUGAGUUUCCGCAACGCGGAGCGCAUGGAGCGCGGCUCCUGGCAUGCCAAUACUCGAGGCCUUCCCGUUCGCAGUCGACGCAACGCACCAAAGGAUCCGCAGGUGCAGCAGCAACAGCAGCAGGCGUUGGUCCUGGAAAAGGUCAACAGCAGCGAUACGAGUGUGGGAUUUGUGGCCACGAGGAAUCGACGGGAUGUACCGGGAUGUGUACCCAACUACAAUGCCCAGCGGCAGCUUUGGGUGGGCUGUUCGGCGGAAAACCUGAUCGACGUCAGUCCACUGUGCAGCGUGGAUGGGGAAGAGGAGUAUUCCUGUCACGGAUCUUGGAGCGAGAACAGCACCUUCUACAUCAUAGCUCGGCACAAGGGCAGCAAGCACGGGGUCUGUCUGACCUAUCGACCCACUGAGGGCACCGCUGCCAAACUGGUUGUGGGCGAUGCCUGCUAUCGCGGCUCCCAGAAACCACCCGACCAUCAUCUAGAGGCCAAUCUGUCGGUUUUGGGUAAAUGCGGUGAAACUGGAGCAAGUGCUGCGCAGAGUAACCUGGCAAGCUGGCUGCUGCUGGUGGCGACGGCGACAUGGCUUCACCUGCACAGCUGAGGGACAAGUGCCGAAAAGCACAACUUGACAUAGGCAUCUAAGCGUGACAAGCCAAAGCGCUAUGUAUACAUCACUAAUUCCCCAAAACAAAAUCCCAUUAUGAUCGACAUGUAUACAAGACACAUCUAAGACUUAUUGUAUAUUUCGUGUAGUAUGAUAAGUGUGAGGCGAUAUCGAACCACUUCGCACUGGUUUGGCUGUACAUAAUGUAUUGUUUUUCCUUUAGUAAUGAUACACACUUUUGUUUAGUUCUAAGUGCUUAAAAUAAAACAAAAAUAAUAUUUCGAUAAA